UUCGGACCGAAACACCUUAAGGAUCAUACUUUGAAGACCAAAAUAGGCCUUUUUGAAGUUCAGCUGCUUCAAGUUUUAGCAAAGCGGGCAAGGAGCUCUCCUUGUCCUAACGGAGCCUCUCUUUCCAAGUUUAAAAAUUUCAAAUUAAACCCAGAUGAGCUCGUCAAUUGAUCUCUCAAAACUUCUCCAAAAAGAUUACCCUCAACACCCGGAUAUGUUGGUUUCAGACCGACCCGAAACCAGUGGUUUUUUCCACUCCCGCUCCAACUCCGCCACCUCUAUAAGCCACCAAUCGUCGCCUAGUCAAUCACCACGACUCGGUUCAUCUAGGUUACUAAGCAAUGACUUGUAUUUAGAUAAUCAACACAGCAAGCCGUUUUCGUCGUCAAAUUUCUUGGGUUUUUUCCGGGAUCAUCAACAGAGGCAACUAAAUAGGGUGGUGAAGCGAAAAGGAGGGAGGGAGUGUUAUCAAAGGAAAAGAGUGAAGGGACUGGUGGCUGUGAUUGGACUGGUGGGUUCGUUUUUCUUAGUUAUUUGGUUCAUGCUUUUGCGGCUUCAAGACCAUCGAAUAGCUGACCUCCAAAAUUAUUCCUCUCAAAAUUAUUAUCCUCCGAUUUUGGUUUCUAAUAAGGAAAAAUGGAGAAAGCUUAGCAAAGGAAAAAGGCUACAAAAAGGUACUUAUGGAAGGAUGUUGGCUUUGGCUGCCCAUGCCCUGGCAGAGAAUAAACGUGAGCCAAAAGAUUUGUGGCAGGAACCAUUUGCUGAGGCCUCUGCUUGGAUACCUUGUGCUGAUCAACGCAAUUGGGAUCCUAGUGGGGGAAAUAAUGGUUAUAUUAUGGUCACAGCAAAUGGUGGGAUAAACCAGCAGAGAGUAGCUGUUUGCAAUGCUGUUGUUGUUGCACGGUUGCUGAAUUCAACUCUUGUUGUUCCUAAAUUUAUGUACAGUAGUGUCUGGAGAGAUAUGAGUCAAUUCAGCGAUAUCUAUCAGGAGGAGCAUUUUAUUAAUUACCUGACUCCUGAUAUUCGGAUAGUGAAGGAACUUCCUGAGGACCUGCAAUCACUAGACUUGGAGGCGAUUGGUAGUGUUGUGACUGAUGUAGAUAUUAGGAAGGAGUCUAAGCCAAGGUUUUAUCUGAAAAAUAUUCUUCCUAUUUUGCUGAAAAAUAGAGUUGUCCAUUUCAUUGGAUUUGGAAAUCGCUUGGCAUUUGAUCCAAUACCAUUUCAGUUGCAGAGACUUCGAUGCAGAUGUAACUUUCAUGCACUGCAAUUUGUUCCCAAAAUACAACAAACUGGUGCUUUGCUCCUUCAAAGGUUGCACAAACAUGCAUCUCAUCCUGGACCAUUGGAUCAUUAUCUUGUCGGUCCAUACACAAAAUCAAAUGUGAAAGAAAAAGGGGUUCAUGCUGGAAAAGCUUCAAGAUAUCUAGCUUUACAUCUGAGGUUUGAAAUUGACAUGGUAGCACAUUCUUUAUGUGAAUAUGGUGGUGGUGAAGAAGAGAGAAAAGUGUUGGAAGCAUACCGUGCAAUUCAUUUCCCUGCAUUGGCACUUAUUGAGAAGACAAAAAGGCUACCUUCUCCAUCAGUGCUCAGGUCAGAAGGCCUGUGUCCAUUGACACCUGAAGAAGCAGUACUUAUGCUUGCUGCUCUUGGUUUCAACCGGAAGACACAUAUAUUUGUGGCUGGUGCAAAUAUAUAUGGGGGACAACCAAGGUUAGCUGCUUUAACCAGCUUGUAUCCUAAUUUAGUUACUAAAGAGAAACUGCUUUCAGCAACUGAACUUGAGCCAUUCUUGAACUUUUCAUCUCAGCUAGCUGCACUGGACUUCAUAGCUUGCACCGCUGCUGAUGCAUUUGCCAUGACAGACUCAGGGAGUCAGCUGUCAUCUUUGGUCGCUGGAUAUCGAACUUAUUAUGGUGGAGGGAGAAUGCCGACAAUACGGCCAAACAAGCGGAGACUUGCGGCCAUAUUCAUGAAAAACUCCACUAUAGCAUGGAAAGUGUUUGAGCAAAGAGUUAGGAAGGCAGUCAGACAAACUAAACACGUUUUUGAAAGGCCUGUGGCAAGGAGUGUUUACCGGUUUCCACGAUGUAAAGAGUGCAUGUGUUUUACAGAAUAAAAUAGUAGCUUGUAACAUUCAUAGAUUCAUUAUUGUUUCAUUUGUUCUUAUUCAACUUACAUAUGCUAUGCGUAAAAGAGGCAAAGUUAACUUACAGAAUGUCACAUCAUGCCUCUUGCUUGGAAACAACAUUUCUGUCCUUUAUAUGGGUGCAAAAUGAGUCCAUUUUAACUGAAAA